AGAUCACGCAGGUUGUCGCAGAGGAAAAACCCCCAAGGCCUGCACCACACCCAAGCCAUUCGGACCCUGGCUUUCCCGAGUUCGUUGCAACAGAAGAGCUGCUCUCCUAUUUUUCUGGGCUCAAAAAAGUAAACGAAAGCUCAGAGCUGGCAUUUUCUUGAUGGGUGACCGGAAUCCAAAAAAAAAAAAAGGACAGAACCACCGAGGUGAGGAAACAUCAGGAGAAAACAACCUCUCUUUCCCCCUUGAGUUAUAAUGACUCCUAGAUCAAACGACUGGGGCGGGGGACACCGCUUGAGGUGGCAGGGGCUGUGGGGAGCAGGGUCCCCGCCGUGGGCCGGCACAGGGACGUGGACUCCGGGCGUUCUCUCGUGAAUUGUGUCAGGGCUCACAGUGAGGGUCCAGCGCCCAAGAGGUCCCCGCUGCUCUGACGCCGGGACACGUCCGAGACACGCCGCCCUGCGCUCUCGGAGGGGGCGGGGCAAGAGUGGCGCGGGCAGCGCCACACGGACCCGCACGUUCCCCGUGCCCCAACUCCCCCUGCGCUUCCGCGCUUUACGGCAACUGUCGCGCCGCCCCGCGCCGGGCUGUUCGCGGCAGCCGGAAGCCAGGUGCCUGCAAGUUGGAGUAGGAAUUAAUUUCUCAUCCUAUGGAUCACUGAAUGAGUAAUAGAUGGCCUUACCUCGUCUUACAGAAGCUCUGCGCUCCUUUUCAAAUGUCACUAAACAUGAUAAUUAUAGUGAAGAAUUGGCUGACUUAACGACUAAAAGGUCAAAAUUACAUGAGCAGUUACUGAAGUCUGAUCUUACCUGGAAGAAAAUAGUGAAAUUUGUAAAUGACAAUUUGGAGAAGAAAGACCACCAAUCAGUAAAUGGGGAUUUGAAAACUAUAUUGCAGUCUGCAAAACAAAUAGUUGGAGCUGAAAAUGUACAAGAAGCAAUUGAAAGUGGAGCUGUUUUUCUUUUUAAGACAUUUCACAUGAAGGAAUGCGUUGGUCAUGAUGAGACAAAAGCUAUCAAGCAGAUGUUUGGGCCCUUUCCAUCAUCAUCUGCUACUGCAGCUUGUAAUGCCACAUGUCGGAUUGCUUCUCACUUCACUGAAGAACAGCUUACGGCCCUUAUACAGAUGGUUGAAGAACAAAAUGGUGAUAACAGAGUAUUCUUUGGUAAAAAUGUAGUGUUUUCAUUUGACAUGCAUGAUUUGGAUUGCUGUGAAGAACUGCCAAUAAACGGUGAGGUUGAUGCACAGAAAAUUAUAAGCUUAGAUUACAAGAAAUUUCUGAAUAACCAUUUGGAGCACCUCCAGACUUGUUAUAGUGACAAAAAUGAUCUUAAGUCAACAGAGAGAGUGGAUGACUCUUUUCUGUGGUGCGAGGUUGGAAAGUAUCUAAAUGAGUCCCUAAAGGGAACCCCUGGAGGACCAACAAUAGAAGAUCUCUGCUGCACGUUGUAUGAGAUGCUUGCAUCCAGCAAGAGUGGUGAUGAACUUCAGAAUGAGUUAUUUGAACUGCUGGGCCCUGAGGGUUUUGAACUCAUAGAGAAGCUUUUACAGAACAGGUCAACGAUUGUGGAAAGAUCUCUGUCCUGUCCAAAUGAUUACAAGUUACAGACUCUACAAGAACAGUACAAAAAGUUUGUAGGAGAAAACACUAAACCUAAUUAUGGUUGUCAAGUUACAAUUCAGUCUGAACAAGAAAAGCAGUUAAUGAAACAAUAUCGUCGGGAAGAAAAACGAAAUGCCAGACGAGAAAAACGAGUUGGGGAAGAUGGAGAAGUUUUUGGAGAAGGACUAAUGUGCUUUGAUCCCAAGGAGCUGCGGAUGCAAAGAGAACAAGCGCUUUUGAAUGCUCAAGACGUGCCUGUCCUAAGUAGACACAGAGAUAUGGACUUCGAAAAAAUUUAUUAUCCACAUGUUUAUGAUGCCCGAGCUGAAGCUAUGAAAACAUCAGCAUUCAUUGGGGGUGCAAAGAUGCUCCUUCCAGAGGUUGUCCAGAGAGAAAACAACAAAAUGUAUGAAGAAGUGAAGAUUCCCCAUAGUGAUCCAAUGCCUAUUGGCAUUGAGGAAAAAGCAGUUUACAUUAAAGAUUUAGAUGAGAUUGGACAACUUGCUUUUAAAGGCAUGAAAAGAUUAAACCGAAUCCAGUCAAUAGUUUUUGAGACUGCCUACAACACAAAUGAGAACAUGCUGAUUUGUGCACCCACAGGAGCUGGGAAGACUAACAUUGCCAUGCUAACAGUCUUGCACGAAAUUCGCCAGCACAUUCAGCAUGGAGUUAUAAAAAAGGAUGAGUUUAAGAUUGUGUAUGUUGCUCCUAUGAAGGCUUUGGCAGCUGAAAUGACAAAUUACUUCAGCAAGCGUCUGGAGCCACUAGGUAUUGCUGUGAAGGAGCUGACUGGUGAUAUGCAGUUGUCAAAAAGUGAAAUUCUACGAACACAGAUGCUUGUUACCACACCAGAGAAAUGGGAUGUAGUGACAAGGAAGAGUGUCGGGGACGUAGCCCUCUCUCAACUUGUAAAGCUCCUGAUUCUUGAUGAAGUGCAUCUGCUGCAUGAAGACAGAGGACCAGUGCUAGAAAGUAUAGUGGCACGCACCUUACGUCAGGUUGAAUCAACACAGAGUAUGAUUAGGAUUUUGGGCCUGUCAGCUACUUUACCCAAUUAUCUUGAUGUUGCCAACUUUCUUCAUGUCAAUCCAUAUAUUGGACUCUUCUACUUUGAUGCUCGUUUUCGACCUGUGCCGCUUGGACAGACAUUUAUAGGGAUUAAGACCACAAAUAAGGUGCAGCAGCUGAAUUAUAUGGAUGAAGUAUGUUAUGAAAAUGUUUUGAAACAAAUAAUGGCUGGACACCAGGUGAUGGUAUUUGUUCAUGCUAGAAAUGCCACUGUACGAACUGCUAUGGCUCUUCGUGAGAAAGCAAAAAAUAAUGGACAUAUUUGCCACUUUUUGCCAACACAAGGACCUGAUUAUGGGCAAGCUGAAAAACAAGUACAAAGGUCCAGAAAUAAGCAGUUACGCGAGUUGUUUCCAGAUGGAUUUAGUAUUCAUCAUGCAGGGAUGCUGCGGCAAGACAGAAGUUUGGUUGAGAACUUGUUUUCUAAUGGACAUAUCAAGGUCCUAGUUUGCACGGCUACAUUAGCGUGGGGAGUCAAUCUUCCUGCUCAUGCUGUUAUUAUUAAGGGAACACAAAUAUAUGCUGCAAAAAGAGGUUCCUUUGUUGACCUUGGAAUUUUAGAUGUCAUGCAGAUAUUUGGUCGAGCCGGACGGCCUCAGUUUGACAAAUUUGGAGAAGGCGUCAUUAUUACAACUCAUGAUAAACUCAGCCAUUACCUGACUCUGCUUACUCAGCAGAACCCAAUUGAAAGCCAGUUUCUUGAAAGCCUCGCAGACAACCUGAAUGCAGAGAUUGCUCUUGGAACAGUAACUAAUGUGGAGGAAGCAGUAAAGUGGAUAAGCUACACUUAUCUUUAUGUACGGAUGAGAGCAAAUCCAUUAGUAUAUGGCAUCAGUCACAAGGCUUAUCAGAUGGAUUCAGUACUAGAGAAGCACAGAGAACAACUGGUGAUUGAAGUCGGCAGAAAGCUAGACAAAGCCCGGAUGAUUCGUUUUGAAGAGAGGACUGGUUUUUUUUCUUCAACAGAUUUAGGAAGAACUGCCAGCCAUUACUAUAUUAAAUAUAAUACCAUUGAGACUUUCAAUGAACUUUUUGAUGCUCAUAAAACAGAAGGUGAUAUUCUUGCUAUAGUAUCUAAAGCUGAGGAAUUUGAGCAGAUCAAGGUAAGAGAAGAAGAAACAGAGGAGCUGGAAACAUUACUGAACAGUUUCUGUGAACUUUCUGCUCCCGGCGGUGUGGAAAACAGUUAUGGGAAGAUAAAUAUCCUUCUUCAAACAUACAUUAGCAGAGGGGAGAUGGACAGUUUCUCUCUUAUUUCAGACUCUGCGUAUGUUGCCCAGAAUGCAGCUCGUAUUGUUCGAGCCCUUUUUGAGAUUGCUCUUCGGAAACGAUGGCCUGCAAUGACCUACCGGCUACUGAAUCUCAGCAAAGUUAUCGACAAGCGUCUGUGGGGCUGGGUUAGCCCUUUGCGGCAAUUCUCAGUGCUUCCACCAUCAGUCCUCACAAAACUGGAGGAGAAGAAUCUCACUGUGGAUAAAAUGAAGGACAUGAGAAAAGACGAAAUAGGUCACAUGCUGCAUCAUGUGAAAAUUGGUUUAAAGGUCAAACAAUGCGUCCAUCAAAUUCCCUCCAUUACAAUGGAAGCAACUAUUCAACCAAUUACGCGCACUGUACUCCGAGUUAGACUGAACAUCACUCCUGAUUUUUCAUGGAAUGACCAGGUGCAUGGCACAGUUGGAGAGCCUUGGUGGAUUUGGGUAGAAGACCCCACUAAUGACCACAUUUAUCAUUCAGAGUAUUUCAUCAUUCAGAAAAAACAGGUCAUUGCAAAAGAACCACAACCUCUCGUAUUCACAAUCCCUAUUUUUGAACCCUUGCCUUCCCAAUACUACAUCCGGGCUGUAUCUGACAGAUGGCUAGGGGCAGAGGCAGUAUGUAUCAUCAAUUUUCAACAUCUGAUUUUACCAGAGAGACAUCCACCUCACACAGAACUGCUAGAUCUUCAGCCUUUGCCUGUCGCAGCUUUGGGACAUCGAGAAUAUGAAAGCCUGUACAAAUUCACCCACUUCAACCCUAUUCAGACGCAGAUAUUCCAUACGCUGUAUCAUACAGACUGUAAUGUUCUUCUUGGAGCCCCCACAGGCUCUGGAAAGACUGUUGCAGCUGAAUUAGCCAUCUUCCGAAUUUUUAACCAAUAUCCCACAUCAAAGGCGGUGUAUAUUGCCCCCCUAAAGGCAUUGGUGCGAGAGAGAAUGGAGGAUUGGAAAGUUAGGAUUGAAGAAAAGCUUGGUAAAAAGGUUGUAGAACUGACAGGCGAUGUGACUCCUGACAUGAGAGCUAUAGCACAAGCUGACCUGAUUGUUACUACACCAGAAAAAUGGGAUGGUGUCAGUAGAAGCUGGCAAAACAGGAAUUAUGUUCAGAAAGUGUCCAUUCUCAUCAUUGAUGAAAUCCAUCUGCUAGGGGACGAGAGAGGCCCAGUACUGGAAGUUAUCGUGUCUCGAACUAAUUUCAUCUCAUCUCACACAGAAAAACCAGUUAGAGUAGUUGGUUUAUCCACAGCAUUAGCAAAUGCCAGAGACCUUGCUGAUUGGUUAAAUAUUAAUCAGAUGGGUCUGUUCAACUUCCGACCAUCCGUGCGACCAGUUCCAUUGGAGGUACACAUUCAGGGCUUCCCUGGCCAGCACUACUGUCCUCGCAUGGCUAGCAUGAAUAAACCUGCUUUUCAGGCAAUUCGGAGCCAUUCUCCAGCAAAGCCAGUUCUUAUCUUUGUGUCAUCCAGACGUCAAACUAGACUCACUGCCCUAGAUUUAAUUGCCUUCCUGGCUACUGAGGAUGAUCCAAAACAAUGGCUGAAAAUGGAUGAAAGAGAGAUGAAUGACGUUAUAGCCACAGUAAGAGAUUCUAAUCUGAAACUGACUCUUGCCUUUGGAAUAGGCAUGCAUCAUGCUGGGCUACAUGAAAGAGACAGAAAAACUGUAGAAGAAUUAUUUGUGAAUUGCAAGAUCCAGGUUCUUAUUGCCACAAGCACAUUAGCCUGGGGUGUAAAUUUUCCAGCUCAUUUAGUAAUUGUUAAAGGAACAGAAUAUUAUGAUGGAAAAACAAGGCGUUAUGUGGAUUAUCCCAUUACAGAUGUGCUUCAGAUGAUGGGACGUGCUGGUAGACCUCAGUUUGAUGACCAAGGCAAAGCUGUGAUUCUAGUUCACGAUAUUAAGAAAGACUUCUACAAAAAGUUUCUUUAUGAACCUUUCCCAGUAGAAUCAAGCCUGUUGGAAGUGCUCUCUGAUCACUUGAAUGCUGAAAUUGCCGCUGGAACUAUUACUUCCAAGCAAGAUGCAAUGGAUUAUAUCACCUGGACCUAUUUCUUCCGUCGUUUGAUCAUGAACCCUACUUACUACAACUUAGAUGAUGUGAGCCAUGAUACCAUGAACAAAUACCUUUCAGGCCUUGUUGAAAGAUCCCUCUUUGAUCUGGACUGUGCCUCCUGUAUUGAAAUUGAGAAGGAUAAUCGUGGCAUUGUGCCUCUAACUUAUGGCCGCAUUGCUUCCUAUUAUUAUUUGAAACAUACAACUAUUGGGAUAUUCAAGGAUCUGUUGAAAUCCGAAAGCAGCAUUGAAGAACUACUUUUAGUUUUGACAGACGCUGAAGAGUACACAGACCUUCCAGUGAGACACAAUGAAGAUCAGAUGAACAGUGAACUGGCAAAGCGUCUCCCCCUUGAAGUCAAUCCUUAUUCAUUUGACAGUUCACAUACAAAAACACAUCUACUGCUGCAAGCCCAUUUUAGUCGUGCCAUGCUACCUUGUCCAGAUUAUGCUACUGAUACAAAGACAGUGUUGGACCAAGCUAUCCGAAUAUGCCAGGCAAUGCUGGAUGUUGCAGCAUACCAUGGAUGGCUAGUGGCUGCUCUGAAUAUCACCAAUCUGGUGCAGAUGGUGAUCCAAGGGCGAUGGAUACAUGACUCUUCCCUGCUUACUUUGCCCAAUGUAGAGCAACACCAUCUUCACCUUUUUAGAAAGUGGAACCAAGGAAAAAGGAAGGCCACACGUGGAGGUUACCAAGGACCUAUUGAGUGUCUUCCUGAACUGAUUGCUGCUUGUGAAGGAAAAGAAAACAUUUUUGCUUCCAUUGUAAAUGGCGAGCUGCAAGCUGCACACAUUACACAGUUAUGAAACUUCUCAGAAUUGUCUCAUAAUCACAAAUGUCAUGGUUGCUAGUUCCAGAAAUGUACUUUUAAACAGCUACUAAGAGAAGUAGGUUGUGAAAAGAUCCAGCAUUCCAUUUCUGUCUGAAAGAGAAAAAGCAUACGAAUAUUCACCACUUCUUAAGGAAAGGAAACUACAGCUUCAAAAUAUUUUGUCUAUAGUUAUCUUAUUUAUUGUAGCAGUCUUUUUAAAUAACUUCCGGGCAAUAGUAUAGUAAUGCCCAUAUACUACACAAGAAAACUUCAAAACUUGUAUUAUUAAGAAAAUUAAUUCUAAUUGUUCCUAGCUGAAGGUAAAAAUGAUAUAUGUUGACUGUUUAGUUUCUGUUAAACCAAACACCAUUGUGCAAACAAAAAGGAGGGCAUUUAAAUGCCUAUAACAAACAUCUUCAUUUCUAACUAAAUUACCAUCAAAAUUUUGAAUAAAAAAUUAUUUAAAUCAAAACAAGGUCUCCUUUAACAACAACAGAUUUCUAACAUAAUACAUAUUGAUUUCAGUCCAAGUUUUAGAUGUGAUGAAAAAUUAGAACAUUGUUAUAAUUAGUUCAGGGAGAACUCAGAAGUAAACUUACUUAAUUUAUUUGCAUAAAUUGCCAUUCUGUUAUCUUUAAAAGCAAAUGCAAAUUGGCUCUGUCUGAUAUGAUGAUGGUUAUUUGGCUCAAAAGUGCUUCAAUUUGCGUAGCAAUCUGGUGUCAUCUCUGCAGUGAGGCGAUCCCAGGUAACAUACAAAUCCUGAAUUAUUCCAGAAAUUAGUAUGUUUAAAGCAUCAAUUUAAGUGCUAAUUGCAGUAGUAAUGAGAAAAAGCAGUACUACUGUGAGAUUUGCAUCUACUGCCCCAUCAGUAUGCCUGGAACGGCUGCUGACUGGCAGAGGAUUUGGCUGCUAAUUAAAUAAUUGUAUGCAUGGCAGUGUUCUUGUCUGAUUCAAUAGAUGAAGAUUAAUCCUCAGAUAAAUAUGUUUGGCUGGUAUUGAAAUGUCUUAGCAGUUUCUUCAAAAAUAGCUUGUAUAUAUGUGUGUGUACCUACACUGUGUAUAUGUAUGUAUAUGUAGAUGUGUGUUUGUAAAUAUAGACACAUAUAAAGAGGAGAUAUAUGAUACAUUAAAAAAUCAGGAGCGGUCUCAUAUAUGAGGGCAUGAAAUAGCCAUAUUACUCAUAUGUCAAAAUGACGAACGAGUUAUGCAGAGCAACCCAAAUAUGGGCUGAUAAAGCCUUAUAUUUUAUCAUUAUAUAUUUAUAUGUAUCCUUAUACAGUUAUGCCACACUUUUUGCUGAACAAAAACGAUAAAAAAUGAUUGACAGCUUAUUAAAAAUGAUUCUAGUAGGACGUCUUGUUUCCCUUCCUUCAUCUGUAAACCUGUGUGCCUCAGUUAUCACAAAUCAAACUGUGCAAGGGACAAAGGAAGA